CACCCGGAUUUUUCUGCAGCCUUCCGCUCUCUCUCCCCCCACCACCACCCGUCUCCUUCCAUGGUGGACUGACCAUCCCUUGACAUAGCCAAGGGAUCGGAGCAAACAGGGGGUGGGGGGAAGCCACAGCAUCCUGAUCCAAAUGGCCUCCCCUCGAACCGUCACCAUCGUGGCCCUCUCGGUGGCCCUGGGGCUCUUCUUCGUCUUCAUGGGGACCAUCAAACUGACCCCCAGGCUCAGCAAGGAUGCCUACAAUGAGAUGAAGCGGGCCUACAAGACCUACGUGAGGGCGCUGCCCAUGCUGAGGAGGUUGGGCAUCAGCUCCAUCAUGCUCCGCAAGAGCAUCGGCGCCCUCGAGGUGGCCUGCGGCAUUGUCAUGACCCUGGUUCCGGGCCGCCCCAAAGACGUUGCCAACUUUGUGCUGCUGCUGCUCGUGUUGGCCGUGCUCUUCUUUCACCAACUGGUGGGUGACCCACUCAAGCGCUACGCCCACGCCUUGGUCUUUGGGAUCCUGCUCACCUGCCGUCUGCUGAUUGCACGCCAGCCUGAAGAUCAGCCUCCGGAGAAGAGGACCCUGACGGUCAACGGGGAAGAGCAGCAGUUGUUGGCAGAAGCGGCCCCAGAGAAGGGCAAAAUCAAAGUCUCCUAGUGGGUGCCUCUGCCCGGGACCUAAGGACCCUCUUUACAGCUCUCUCUGUGCAGAAACAGCUACAACAGGGCCAACCGGUUUCUUUUUGUCCUUGAUUGGUUGAUUGGUUUUUGGAAAGGGUUCCGUUUUGGAGCGUGGGGGAAAUCCUUCAAGCGGCCAGUUCAGUUUCAACCUGGCUUGAUGCACUCUGAACCUCUAGAGCUGCCCUUUCUGCUAUAUAGCCCUCCACCUCCCACACACCAGUGCGUCGUCAUCAUCAUAUACUGGAACUAAAAAAAAAAGAAAAAAAAAGAAAUGUGUCUCUUUGUGUCGAGUGUGCAAGUGUCCAUGUGCCUCUGUGUCUCUCUUUUUGCGUGCAUGUGUGUGUGUGAAAGAGGUGGACAGCUGAAUUGCUUUGCCUGAAUUGCCUCUGUGCCAAAAUGCAGUCCUUCAGGGGCAGAAAGCCUGGUUUCGGGAGAAGGGGGUGGAAUUCCCAAUGCAGUCUCUGCUCCUUCACUUUCCUGGUCCAACUUACGCCAAGUAAUGCAUGUCUCCCCCCCCCACCUCAACUUUCUCAACAGAUAGUUAAAGGAUCUUGCAGGGACAAUCAUUAAUCCAUCAGGCCUCUUCUCUCCCAAGUCUGUCUGUCGGUAGUUGGCAAAAGAUCAGGGACUAUUCCCGUGAUGGCGAACCUACGGCACGCGUGCCCAAAAUGGCACAUAAAGCCAUUUCGCACGGCACGCACGGCCUUGCCUGUUUGUCUUCCGGGUUUCUGGCACACAUGCGCUGAUCAGCUGUCUUCUGCGUGCGUGGCAGUGCUGAAAACCAGUGUGUGCAUGCACGCCGGCCAGCUGAUUGUCGGUGCACAUGCGCGGCAGAACCCAGAAGUUUGGCUUUUCUGGAGUGCGAUCCCUUCACACACGCGGUGGUGCCAAAAAACGGCAUAUGCGUGCAUACCGGCCAGCUGAUUGUCGAGCGUUCAUGCGCCUAAAACUUGGAAGUUUGGCUUUUCCAGAGUGCAGCCCUGUCGAGGGCGUGCAUGCCAAAUCUCGCCAGUGUUUGCCAUCACUGGACUAUUCAUUAUCUGUCCCUGUGUAAAUUUGCACCUUUGGCCAUCCACGCUUAUUUACAAGAGUCACAGAUUAAGGCCGUGUUUUUCAACCAGGGAGACUUUAAGAUGUGUGGACUUCGAUUCCCAGAAUUCCCCAGCCAGUCCAGGGUUGAGUGCUUUCAGGUGAUGCUAACAGCACGAUCAAUAUUUGUUUCUUCUUCUGCAUAGGUCUCUCUGUUUAAACCAAGACAUUGUGAGUUCUCUGUGAAUGAGAGGUUUUUAUUGUUCAGUUUGGGAUGAACACGAAAGGCAAGUCUCGACUAUCAAGAGAAAUACGUUUUUAAAGGCUAUAUAUAAAUAUAGGUGUUGCUUUUCUCCGUAUUGUCUGGUUUGCAUUCUCCUCCUGCUCUUCUCCUCCCCAGCCCUUGCCCAGUUUAUAAAAAAAAUAAACUUUUGGAAAUUUGAAGGAAAUUUGCUUUU